CGCCUCCGCUCACCCAAACAGAGAAGCGUGGUCUCACGAGCUCGUCGCCACACUGUUGUCAAUAUUCACUUGGACGGACGUUUGCGCUCCUCACAAGAAUGGAUUUUUUCUUUGUCUCGAGCGUCGUUCUAACCCUGAGCUUCCCGGUGCAUUGUGGGAAAAUCCUGGUGUUUCCCCACGAAGGCAGUCACUGGGUGAACCUGAACGUUUUGAUCAAGGAGCUUCACUCCAGGGGCCAUCAGAUCACCGUGUUACGGGCCCUCGACAGCUGGUACAUCUCGGAGACGUCGCCGCACUACGUCUCCGUGACCGUCCCGGUUUUGCUGGGUGGGGACGAAGAGUUUUACAGCAGUUUCGUUUCUAGACAACUCCAGAUCCGACGGCAGCGGCAGUCGGCUUUGACCAGAUUCAGGCUGGACCUGGAGCUCAAGGAGAAAUUUUCCCAAAUGCACAGAAUGAUUUGCGAAAUGGUGAUCCACAUCAUCGAGAAAGAGCCCAAGCUGCUGGAGCAGAUCAGACGGGCCGACUUCGACUUGAUGUUGACCGAUCCGGCGAACGGAGGAGGUGCGGUUCUCGCGCGCUAUCUGAGCUUGCCGCUCGUUUUCAACGCGCGGUGGACCGUCCACGGAGAAGCGCAUUUCGUGAUCGCGCCGUCUCCCCUGUCUUACGUCCCCUUCCCUCUUUCUCAGUUGACCGAUAGCAUGACUUUUCUCCAGCGAACGUACAACGUGUUGUUUCGCACCGUUCGUCUCUUCCUUUACCAGAGCACCGUCGGCCCUCAUUACGGCGCUUUGUGCGCCCGCUAUUUCGGCCCCGAUGUGCACUAUCUAGAACUGUUCCAAGCUGCCGAUAUUUGGCUCAUGACGGUGGAUUUCGUUUUUGAGUUUCCUCGCCCGACCAUGCCAAAUGUCGUUUACGUCGGCGGCUUCCAGUGCAGACCCGCGAAAGCGCUUCCUGGGGAUCUGGAGGACUUUGUGCAAAGCUCUGGAGAGCACGGCGUGGUCAUCAUGUCUUUAGGAACGUUCGUCGGCCAGCUUCCUCUUGAUAUAGCCGAUGAAAUAGCUGCUGCCUUUGCUCAGCUCCGCCAGAAAGUGAUUUGGAGAUAGGGCGCGCGGCCGGCGAAUUUGGGCAACAACACGCUACUGGUUAACUGGCUGCCGCAGAAUGAUCUUUUAGGACACGCAAAGACCAAGGCUUUUGUGUCUCACGGCGGAAAUAACGGAAUUUUUGAAGCCAUUUAUCACGGCGUUCCUAUAGUCGGAUUACCGCUCGUUUUCGAUCAGGAUGAUAACCUUUUCAAAAUGAAGCACAGAGGAGCGGCUAAAGUUCUGGACGUCGCUGACGUAGAUAGGCGUGCGUUUAAAGACGCCUUGCAAGAAGUGCUCACCGAGCCGUCCUACAGAAGGAACAUGCAGAAACUGUCCGGUCUGCAUAGAGACACUCCAGUACGUCCGUUGGAGAGCGCCCUCUUCUGGAUCGAGUUUGUCGUGAGACACGGAGGAGCUGCUCACCUGCGCUCGGACUCUUAUAAAAUGCCCUGGUACUCGUAUUACGGCGUCGAUGUUGGGGCCUUUUUAGCGCUGGUUGUGUCUUUUACGCUUUAUGUCAUCUUUAAAGCGUGCCGAUGUUUAUGUUGCAGAUUGUGUGCAAAGAGGAAACGAGCGAAACGGGAUUAAAGGGGGACAUCGGGCGCCCAUUUUUCAGCCAGCUUAAUGGGUUUUAAUGUGGUCCUCUAAAAACACCCUUUUUGCCGGCGAGCUGUUUUGGUGUCCGACACUUUAAAUGCUAAUGAGAUCUAUCUAAAUUCUUCUUAUAAUUCAAAUUUUUAUUGUGAUAAAGCUGUCACCGGGGCAGUACCUUUUCAAAGGGGACGCGUUUGUGCCUAAAGUGUCCUGUUUGGUCCCUUAAAGGCACAUAUCAGUACUUUAAAGUGCAUGUGUUUUAAUCUAAUAGGUACAAAAGCGUCCCUCUUGGAAAGGUACGGCCCCGGUGACAGCUUUCGUACUUUUUAUUUCUAACCGACAAAGCCUUUAUCAGUGCUUGGAAUACUAUGAAACGCGUUGAGUGCCUUUAUUAUGUGCAAGAAUCCACAUUAUCUCACCGUUAUUGUGGAGCAAAACACUAUUAAAUGUGACGUAUGCUGCUCCGUCUUUAUUGCAGAACGAUUUCUUCAAUUUCACAUUGGUGUGAUCUCUAUAUCGUUGCUUCUGUUAUAAAUGCUGCUCUGUUUGAAAGCACUACUGGCUUCACUGAGACGAGAUGCACGUGAAUAAAACGAUUUUAACCCAUUA